AAAACAACAUCUGAAUCCACAAUCUGCGUUUUCUUUUUAAUAAAUACACACUGAACUUGGUUGGUUUAACUUUAUUACGUGGCAGCCGAAGUAUCGCUGCCUGCCGCACGCCGCGGAUUAACUACACAAAUAGACAAAACCAGUGCAUUGUGCUGUUUUAGCCGUUUUUUCUUUCUGAUAAGAAAAUGGACGGUCUAAUUGUAUUCAAUAGCGCCAACGAUGUGGCUUAUCAAAAUUUGAAUGGAGAUCUAACGGAGAAAAUAUGCAAUAUAGCAAUUGCACAAGGUUUGGUGCCUGCCGGCAGCGUAACGACACCCGGCGCCGCCCUGGACAGCAAUGUCCUGUUGCAGAUAUUCAGUCCCAUUAUCAGCUCACAGCGGAUUAUGCACUGUCAGUUUGACAAUGCCUAUGCGAGCUUCCAGUGCGAGAAUGGCUUCAAUUUGGCCUUUGGCGAGCUCCUGGGUUUCACCUUUUUGAAAAUUGGCCAAACCGAGAUUGAGCAACUGAUGCGGCAACUGGGCGUGGCCAUAACACUGACACGCUACUUUUACGGUGCCAAUUUGUUUGGCGUACAGGCUGGAGCCAUGCAGCAGGAGCUGCUGACGCUGUGCCUCAACUGUUAUGAGUCGCAGCUGUGGCAGGAGGAGCAGGCCUAUUUGCUGGAGGCAUUGCCCAAGCUGCUCAUCAACACGGAACUGAAACGCACUGUGCACGUGACACUGGAUGCGACGCUGGAGCAACUGCGACAAACGGGCGGACAGCAACGGGCACAUGCCCUGCUUCUUGUCUCGCAUAAGCUGGUGGCAUUGAAUAGCACACGCCAGGCGCUUCCCUUGGCGCCCGCCGAUUUGCUCUUUCUGGCCAUCUUAGCGCGAGCGCUGCAAUCCCAGAAAUCCCAACGCGCCGUGGCCGUUUUCCUUCAAGGAGUUUCACACGAUGUCAAUUCUGGCUGUGUGCCUAGCAUUGUGCAUCUUUCGCGCCUGCAUGGCCAUCAGGUGCUGCUGCAGAUCAUCGAGUACGGCAACAUGCCGCUAACCAGCUCCAUAUACGACACAUUCUUUGUGCUGCAGAAGAUUGUGGCCGUGCAGCAGCAGGGCGAUGCGGAUGCAUUGAAGCCCGCCUACGAGAGUCUGGAAUCUUUUGUCAGCCAGACCUUGACGGCGCUUAAGCGCCAUCUGAAGCAAAAACACGAGGAUUUGGAGAGCUGUGUCAAAAAGUUUACGGCGCGCUGGGAGAAUCUACGCAAGAUGUACGUGGAAUUCUUCAAGAGUUUCGAGCGCGAGCUGCUCGUACGCAUCGAGUCCAAUUUGCCAGCUUUUGUGGAGGAGCUGAAGCAACUGUUUACGCUCUCCUUGGCCAGCUGCGACAGCGCCAGCAAUCAGCAGCUGGAUCAGCUGGCCGACUCGGCAGCUGUGGUUGAGGCCAAGCUGCUGGAAUUUGCCGAAUUCCUGGCGGUCAAGGCGGCACGCAACAUCUCCAUUGAUGCUUACUUGGAGGACUUUCCAGGCCUGGUGCAUUUCAUGUACGUCAAUCGCAGCUCCGGUCAAAUGCUGGCGCCGGACUUGCGUCAAAACAGUCCACAGCUGCUGCCCAAGUCCAAACUGUGGCACAUGGUGGAGUUCACUCGCAGCUAUUUAAAGAAGGGUCAAACCACAGUCAUGUGGAAGGAUCGCACAUUCCACUACUCUUAUUUCCUCUGGUUUGAGGAUCUAUCGGGUGGCAUAUUGAAAUGCACCCUGGACUUGCAACAGCAUUUCCUAUCCACGGGCUUUGGCGCCGGUGGCAAUGGGCAGAAGACACCAGCCGAGCCUGGUGCACUGCCCAUGGAUUACUACAGCGAGCUGGCCGAGCUUUGCUUUCCCAAGCUGGCGCCGGGCAAAGUGCGCGUCUAUGAAUUGUACUGCAUACAUUUGGGCCUCGUCACGGCCACCUGCGCCGUCGAGCAUGCCCGCCGCUUGGUGGCCACCAUCAGCGAUGUGGUUGGCGAGGAAACAUUUUAAAUGGCAUUCCAUAAUUUAUACACUUUGGUAUUCCAUUAGGUCGCCGUAAACUAGUUGUUAACGAAUAAAUCCUUAAAAAU